UUCACUAUCCACAACCAACGGGGGUGUGUCGAGUUGUCAUUUAUUUCUCCCUUGUCAUAUAGCUCUAAGACGGACGGCCGAAAUGCAGGCGCAGCCAGCCUUCUGCCGUGGGGAUCACACCCUUUCCGUCCCUAUGACCCUGUUCAAACAGAACCGCAGCCGCCUGUGUGAAGCCUUGAGAUCCAGUGGGACCAUACAGAAGGGGUCCAUUGUUGUGCUGCAGGGGGGAGAGGCAGUCAUGAGGUACUGUUCAGACCAUGAGCCACUUUUCAGACAGGAGUCUUACUUCCACUGGACAUUUGGAGUGGAGGAACCAGACUUCUAUGGGGCAGUGGAGGUUGAUUCUGGCAAAUCCAUCCUCUUCUGCCCCAAACUGCCCGAGUCUUAUGCCGUCUGGAUGGGAAGAUUGAAGACCACAGAUGACUUCAUGGCUCAGUAUGGGGUGGAUGAGGUGCACUAUGUUCCUGAUAUAAAAUCAGUUCUGAAAGGGAAAGAGCCAUCUGCGCUGUUAGUUUUGCAUGGUUUGAACACAGACAGUGGAAGUUACAGUAAAGAGGCAGCCUUUGAUGGAAUUGGAGAAUUUUCAGUUGACAACAAAAUUUUACAUCCAGUUAUCAGUGAAUGCCGAGUGUUCAAAUCUGAGCUGGAACUGGAGGUACUGAGGUACAGUAACAGACUCAGUAGUGAGGCUCACAAAGAGGUGAUGAGAAGUAUCAGACCAGGCAUGUUUGAAUAUCAGAUAGAGAGCAUCUUCCGACAUUACUGCCAUUAUUAUGGAGGGGCCAGGAACCUAGCCUACACCUGUGUGUGUGGAAGUGGUAUAAAUGGAGCUACCCUCCACUACGGGCAUGCAGGAGAGCCCAAUAAGAAACAGAUGGUGGAUGGAGAAAUGUGCCUUUUUGAUAUGGGCUCUGAGUACUGCUGCUACACCUCUGACAUUACCUGUAGUUACCCAGUUAAUGGCAAAUUUUCACCUGAGCAGAAGAUCAUCUAUGAAACUGUGUAUAAGUCCAGCCGGGCUGUCAUGGAAGCUGUCAAACCAGGUGUGAACUGGGUAGACAUGCACCUGCUGGCUGACCGUGUUCACCUGACUGAGCUGAAGCGUCAUGGACUCCUACAGGGUGAUGUGGAGGACAUGAUGAAAGUGAGACUUGGGGCGGUCUUUAUGCCCCAUGGGCUGGGUCACUUCAUAGGGGUGGACACCCACGAUGUUGGUGGCUAUCCAGAGGGCACAGAGAGAGUAAAUGAGCCAGGGCUGAGAAGUCUGAGGACUGCACGAAUCUUACAGAGAAGCAUGGUGCUCACCAUAGAACCAGGGGUCUACUUUAUCCGCUGUUUGUUAGAUGCGGCAUUACAGAACCCUGAUCAGGCCAAGUUCCUGGUUCAAGAGCAGAUUGACAAGUUCCGUAAUUUUGGAGGGGUUCGUAUUGAGGAUGACAUUGUAGUGACAGAGACAGGAAUGGAGUUGAUGACAUGCGUUCCUCGUACUGUGGAGGAGAUUGAGGCCAUCAUGGCAGAGGGACGUGCCAGAGGUGAUCAGCCACUGCCACAGCUCAAGAAACAUUGAGGGAGGAGUUCGAGGGGAAAUAACUCUGGAUAAAUAAAACAGACAGCAUUAUAUAAACAUUAUCAUUAAUAGGGGCUUAAAACAAACUCAAAUCACACAUCUAAAGCAAUUCUGUGAUUUUACUGAUCUUGUGGUUGGUAUUUGCUAACAUAUGGCAUUACCAUAAAAGAUUCUGAUAAAAAUGUUAAAAUGGACUUCACUUUGUGUUCAAAAAUACUUGAUGAUGUGUAGUUUAUACGUCACCUGUACUUGUGGUAGAGUGAAUCAUUUUUGAACCUUGUCUGCUACAUGUAUAUUUUAGUGUUAUGAGGUGCUGUAAUUCAUCUAAAGUUUGAUAUAUAAAAAUGCACUUACAGCAACACAUCAAGGUCUUAAAAUGAUAAUCCAGAUGCAAACACAAGUUGUUUGUGAAGUUUAACUUGAUUCGCUCGUUAAGGUAGAAGCAUCAAUAAGAAUCAAACAAAAUGUCACUUGAAAAAUGCUAAACUUAAUUGAAAUACAGCACAUUUACUUUAAGGUCAUUAAAUGUCUUCUUGUUUAGCCUUGUGUCUGUAGCUGCCUGCAUCAAAGGUAAAAUAAACUUUUCUUUGAAUAGCACAAUA